UGGGUUCUUAGGUGCCAAACACGCAUACACACACAUGUGUGCCUGUCUACCCCAACUUUGAAUCCCGCCACCCUCAUGCCUGUGGGACUGGAGGCGUGGUUGACCGACAUACCGCCCAUUACCAGGGCGUGGCUAAUUGCCGCCAUUGGCACAAGUCUUGCUGUACAAUGUCACCUGAUAACCCCGUUACAACUGUACUUUAGUUUCAGGAGCGCCUUCAUUCACCUGCAGCCAUGGCGUGCCCUUGCAACCUUUCUCUAUUUUGGCCCACUGUCAAUCGAUUUCGUAUUUCAUUUGUUCUUCUUCAUGAGGUAUAGCCGAAUGCUCGAGGAAAGCUCCUUCGCUGGUCACAAGGCGGAGUAUUUUUGGCUCCUGUUUACCUCUGCUACUCUGCUCCUGCUCCUGUCCCCCCUCUUCACAUUGCCUUUCCUUUCUUCUCCGCUCGCAUUCACACUGGUUUACAUCUGGUCACGGCGACAGCCAGCAAUGCGCAUUUCGCUAUUUGGGAUCAUGACCGUCUCCGCACCGUAUCUGCCAGUCGCACUUGUGGCUAUUAGCUGGGCAAUCAAUGGAACUUGGAGGGCAGCUGCGUCGGAUCUUAUGGGUUGUGUUGUGGGUCAUGCUUGGUACUUCGGCACUGACGUCAUGCUACGAGAAGUGGGAGGUCGGAUGCCAUGGACAAAGACACCCGCCAUUGUACAACGAUGGUUCCGCGAUGCUCCAUAGUGGUCUUGAUGUGUUACGUGACAUCCGUGAAGAGAUUUAAGUCAAGCAGAUGGCAUGAGUUAUUGAAAGAUGGCAGUGUUCCUGGUGCAUGGUUGACAUUCUCAGCAAUAAUUCUAGCCUGUAUCUGAAUGGAGUAGUACAAAGCAGACUUAUCGACGGUAUCAGUGAUUGGGGGUGAUGGUAUUCUUGAUUGGAACGUGGAAAUUCUACUCUCUUUGACGUUUCUUUCUUUCCCUGUUUUUUCCUUCCCUCCCUCCAUGGCCUGCAAUCCCCUUUCUUUCGGUUCUUUGUCAUCGUAUCGCAGCCUGAAUCGGUCUAUUGUCAUCAGUACCUUCAAACCUGAUUGCGCGUCUACGAUCUCG